ACCUAACAGUCAGUCGGACUGUUAUUACAGCUAUACAGCCUUGCCUGCAAACAGUUUGUUUGAUUGUCUAAUCGUACAAAUUCUAAAUCAUCACUAUUGGCACCGAAAUUGCUGUAUAUGGUAUCCUCUGUAUUCGGGGAUACAACUGUCCUCGUGUCUUGCCUCAUCCAUGUUCAAUUUCUUGUUCUCGUGCUGCGUUCGUCAGCGUCGGCGCAACCUAACAGUUCCCGAUGAACGCACCUUCUUAAUCCCCGCCACAACCGCAAGUGAGACUCCUACGCCUCAGCCGCGGGUGGUCGACCAUCAGAAGCUAAAAGAGCGGUUGGGUACCGUUGUGCGAUCAAAAGAAGGAAAAAUGGUGAAUGUGAAUGCCGCCUUCCCAUUUAACCUUCACAACCAGUCGCUUGGCGACCCUCCGUCUCGUAGCGUCUCAGGCGGAACCUUGGAUAGCAGUCGGCGGGCCUCGCGAUCUCCUGCACGUGAUUCGCUACACACGAGGUAUUCGAGCACUUCACUACACCGGGAUGCGGAAGCCUCCGCGUCUCAGAGCAAUGACGCAGUGGAAGGAAGAGGUGAUACGCACAAGCCGAUAUUAAAUGUUAGGCUUGUAUCGACUGCUGUGAGCAAUGUUGCAAACAGGCCAAUUAAUGGCAUCUCUCGGGGGCGACCAGGACGUGGGAUCGAACAUGGACGGGUGAUGGUUGUCAGUGCUGACCACAUUUCUCAUCCUGAUGACGAUGACGAUGAACAUGAAAAUGUGGCUGAAGACAAUGAUGCACUCACACCUCGUCGACAGACGCACACGUCUGAUGGGGAUGCAAAUGAUUCGUCUGAUAGUAAUCCCUCCGAGUUGUCUUGUGAUGCCAAUGUCAUACAUACCGAAGAUUUCACAAUUCGUGACGCUGGUGCUAUAUCGCGUUCCUGGGGUGACUGAAUGCUCCCAUUCUUUUUUCCAAAAUCUGCGUGUUCGUGCCGGAACUUGGUCGUCCAUGUAAGGUAGUACAUAACCCUUGCAUGUAUUUCCGCGGGGUACUGCAAGGAUUGUUCCGCAUAGUCGAUCUCUCCCGGAUCUAAUUUCAUGCUACAUCUGGUUGGUAUUUGCCCAUAUAAAAGUUACGGGCCGAUUCAUUAGUCAAUGUUUUCGUCGGAGCCUAGGAUGAGAGCCACACAGCUAUCUUUGUCUGAAUAAUUGAACAACACUAAAAUAACC